AUGCAGCACAUGACGCGGCCCGACUUGGCCUUGAUGGCGGUCGAGAAGUACGCGGGCGUCAAAACCAUUGCAACUGCCUUUGCGAAAUUUGGAUUCACCUCAGCCAGCUUCGAAGUUCAGGAUGACGGGGUUUUUCAGAAUAUCCUAACUGGACUGGGCUUUGCCUAUGGCCUGGCACUGACCUUGCGGCUCUACAAGAGCCGGGGCUUCAAUUUUGAAGCCCCAGUCUGCAGCACAUGGAUUUGGCUGAACAGGCCGGGCCCGGCUUUCUUGUACCAUCUGCGUUUGCAAAGUGAGACUUGCAUUGACUUUUCUUCGGCGAACACCAUGGUGGCCCGCACCUGCAUUUACCUGUAUAUCCUGUCGACCCUCGGUCUAUGCUGGUGCAUAGAGCAGCCAGCUUCAUCGCUGUUGGAGAAGCACGUGUGCUUCGAGUGGCUUUCCAAGCAGUGUACCGUAUACAAGGCUUUUGUUUGGAUGGGCUCAUAUGGAGGAGGCUGCGGCUUGGCCUUUAUCCAGUAUUGA